AUGGCCUUCAGACGUCGUACAUCGGAGCAAAGUCAGCGUGAACAAGAUUUGGAUUGUGAAGGGCCAUCUCGGGUAGGUUAAUAUAAUUUGGACUGGAAUUAUUAUUUUAGCUUCGGCUAAAGCUAAGACUUAGUCUGAGACUAGGACUAGAGCUAAGGAAAGAGAUAAAGCUAGGACUUGGGCUAGACCUGAAGCUAGAGCAAGGGCUAGGACCAGGGCCAGAGCUACGGCUAACCUUAGGGCUAAAACUUGGGCAAUAGCCAGAACCAAGACCAAAGCCAAGGCUAAAACUAGGGCUAGGAGCAGAAUCAAGAUUAGGGUCAGUGCUCUAGGGCUGAAGCUAGAGCUAAAGUACAAAUUUUUUAAAAUUUUUAAGUAUUUUCAGCCAGCCAUAGUACAGCACUCCCUACCAUCUAGAAUAUCUCGCUACGUUCUCCGCCGCAAAGUAUGUCAAAUCACGAUGGUUAUUGCCUUAGUCUUGGCUAUGAUUUUUGCUCCAAUGUACUACUUUACCUAUGUUAUACACCGAACGUUGGAAUUUAAAAAGUUCGUUUUGGAUCGACAAGCGUGGAUGGCUGAGAACACGAUGAAAAAAUCACAAGCUUUUUUGCACGAAGAGUUCUGUUUGUACUACCCGAACAUUAGUACUAGUGUUGUAUGUUGGUUUUAAAAAGGGGGGAGAGGAGGAAGGGGGAGAGGAAAGGGUGGUAAAAAAAUGUUUUUGAAAUAUCAACAAGGAGUACCACGUUCAAACUAAAAAAAAUGAAAAUUUGUGGUAGAGGGAGUAGGGCGUGGUAAAAAAUAAUGGUAGGGGGAGGAGGGGUGGUUUUUGUUUCUCUCUAUCUUAUUGGAAAUAAAUUUUGACUUUCAGGACGCCUGCAGAACCCAAUGCGGACCUCAUGCCUAUGUUCAUGUAGAACACGAGCUGAUCAGCACUUUGGAGAACCCGAUUUUGUGCAAUAGUAAACUUGAAUUGGUUGGUUAAUAUUAUUUUAUAGUUUUUCAUUAGAAAAUGUAUUGACUAGGGCUAAACCAAGGCUUGGCCAAAGCUAAACCAACUAUAGGCCAAAGCUUAGUUAAAGCUAAGUCAAAGAUAGGCUAAAGCUAAAUAAAAUCUAAGUCACGAAUAGACCAAAUAUGGCCAAGGACAAGCCAAAGAUAGGCCAAGGGUGGGGCUCUGGGCUAUGGCGCUGGGCUAGGGCUUUGGGCUAGGACACUGAGCGAGGUCUCUGAGCUAGAGCUCUGAUAUAGGGCUACAACUAGAGCUAGCAUAAAUUUGCCACUUUCAGAGCCCAUGUUUCAAGUCAUUAAACAAGUCAAAAGGCUGUAUUGAUGAGAAACUCAAGAAAACUAUCUCAAGCACUUGUUUGAACAAAAACCAAAUUGUACCAUGGGAUAUUUAUGCAAAUGCGAAUAAAACAAACUUUAAAAGGCUAUAUAUGCCUAUCAUCACAAACGACAAAUUGAAAAGCCUGCAGGGACAAACUGUCUUUGCUCAUCAGUUGGUUGUCAAAUGCCCUAUGUGAGUUUGAAAGUUUGGUUUUUGGCUAUAAUUAUUUCGUUAGACCGGAUUUUUCAAAAAAUUGAAAUUUUUUUUUGAAAUUUAAAAACUUUUUGGAAUUUUGAAAUUUUUUUUUGAAAUUUGAUUUUUUUUUGAAAUUUUGGAUUUUUUUAAAUUUUUUUAAAAAUUUUUGAAAUUUUAAACUUUUUUUCGAAAUUUUUAAUUUUUAAAACUUUUAAUUUCAGCUGCAGCAAAAGAUUCCAAUCAUACCGUUUGAACGACAAAUCAGAGUGCUAUACCAAGUAUUUCAAAGCGGAAAAAGGGCUGCCAGAAUCGGCUGACACUUGUGGAGAAGCCUUCCUCGAUCGGUCGGAUUUUACUCUAACUCCAGAGAAAAAAGUUCAUAAAAAGUGUCCUGUUGUUGAAUAAAUAUACUAUACGUUAGUUGUUACAAUUGGCUGGCUACUCCACUCGUAGCUUUUGUUACUCUACCAGCGGUGGAGCCAGAGUCAGGGGCGCUGGUGCUAAGCCUUACUAUGUUCUUGUGGAUCAAGGGGGCUUAAUAGUAGUAUAAGACAAAUCCUAUCUUCAGUAAGAUAGGUGCUACCAUAUCUUGCAAGCCUCAGAAGCUUCCAGAAGGAAUAAGUCAAACUUUGGGAUAAACAAAGGUGGCUCAUCUUCGGUCACGAGACAGCACGACCUUUGGACCUACUUCUUGCCACAUGAAUGGCCUCAACCUCAAGCCAAAGAUGCCUACGCAUCAUAUCCAACUCACGUGGACAAGCCGCGAGCCCUGCUCACCACGUGA